UCUUCGAUCACUAGUUCAUCGUGUUCGGGGCUCUACUCUCCUGUCUGCCGUCAGCUCGAAUCCUCGCGGAAGUACUGACGUGUUCGCACCAGCUUGCACGAGAAGUGGCUAGUUUAGCUAGCUAGGUAGAGCCGGGUAGUGACACAGCGGCCGUAUCAGAAUGUCAGAAGGGGACAGUGUUGGGGAGUCAAUCCAUGGGAAAACAUCUGUAGUCGCUGCCUUUUUCACACGGAUUGGACAGGUCUAUCAGUCAUGGCUAGACAAGUCAACGCCAUUCUAUGUAAUGCGAUGGGCAGCCACUCUACUACUUACUGCUGUCUACAUGAUCAGAGUGUACAUACUACAGGGUUGGUAUAUAGUAACAUAUGCUUUGGGAAUCUACCAUCUCAACCUGUUCAUUGCUUUUCUAUCGCCAAAAGUGGAUCCUUCACUGCUUGACGAAGAUGAGGGCCCGUCCCUUCCCACCAAGCAGAACGAGGAGUUCCGCCCUUUCAUCAGGAGGUUGCCUGAAUUCAAAUUCUGGCAUUCGGCGACAAAAGGCAUCGUCAUCGCCAUGAUUUGCACAUUUUUUGAAGCCUUCAAUGUGCCAGUGUUCUGGCCUAUACUUGUAAUGUACUUCAUCAUGCUCUUCUGCAUCACCAUGAAGAGGCAGAUCAAGCAUAUGGUCAAGUACAGAUACCUGCCCUUCACACACGGGAAGAGGACAUACAAAGGCAAGGACGAAACAGGGAAACCUUUUGCUAGUUAAAAUCUCCCACAUACCCUUCCCCUCCUUCUCAUUUUAAAUUAAUCGGUCACAUCUAGUGGGGAAUGACAAAGGGUUAAUGAGUUUUUUUCUUCUUUUUUUUUUUUGUGAGCGGGACAGUAACAUGAAAACAUAACAUGAAAAAUACAAGUUUUCAUAUGAGCAGCAUGGCUCAAAUUAGCCUUUUGUCUAUUAGGGAUUAGGGUUCUUUUUUUCCGAGGAGCCAGAUCCUCAUUUUUUAGGAUAGGUCUGCAUUUAUUCAGUAGUUGGUGAGACUCAGUGCUGCCUUUUGCCUUUUUAAACCCAGUGGGGUAAGUAUAAAGCCACCAAGAAGGAACCACACUGAAAAAAAGUUGCAGUGAAAUUAGUGAUUUUUCUUUGUUUAUUAUUAUUAUUAUUUCAAUGAUGGUGAUUCCAGUGCAUCUCCUUCUCCCAAGUGAAAUAAAUCUGCCAACUUUUGAUUAAUAUAUUGGUACUUACUUAUUUGUAACACGUUCUAUAUUGAAAGCCAGUAGUGUUAGGGAAAAUAACAUGAUAGUGUGUAAGAUGAAAUCUGAAGGAAACGCAAUCUUCAAGUUUAAUCAUUUCAUCGUUUGUGAUAAAAGUGCGCGGCUGCUCUGGCCCACAAGUGUUUUGGCCAGUUGUCCUCUGUACUACAUGCAGACACUUCGGAGAAAUUAGUCACAUUUCACUUGAAUAUGCAUUCAUGAGAGGCAGAAAAACACGCAUCAUAAUUCAUCAGUUGCAAUGAUUACACUCGGCACAAACAAUGUUUGAUUUUUAUCUCGAAAUUGGCAACUAACACAAUUCUUUGUAUUACCUGAUUCUCACUAGCAUAGCCAGUGGAGCAAGCGUCAAUAUGGAUGAUUAACAGGGAAACUUCAGCCACCCACCACAUCAUUGAAUGCAUAAUUCAAAGCGAGUGUCGCUAAUCCCAACCCAUUUAGUCUCCUGUAGCCUGUAGUCUACAUUUUUUAAGUCAGUUCUUUCUACUUUAGAGCCUUUGUAGAGUUUAACAGAUGGGAUUCUGUGUCGUUGAGCACCCCUCUAAACCAAAUGAUUUUGCAUUCAACUUGAAAUGGCAUGUCAAUUAAUUCAUUUGAAAUCAGAUCUUUACACCAUAUGUGCAUAAUUAUUCAAAAUAUACUUUGUCUUCAAAUGCACAACCAGUAUUCAAAUCCAAUUCAUAACGAGGUCUAAUCCGAGAUAAUAGUCGAAGCAAUUACAUGUUUAAUCCAACAACCUUUUGUCUUUGAAACAUUUACCCAUCUGGGUUUCAAAGCCUGGGGUCAAUUCAAUUUGUGUAGACUAGCUGUUGUAGUGCUUUAUAAUCUGUGUUUACUUUGAAAAACAUUGUGGUAAAUAUAGUCAUUCCAAGCAAACUUUUGUUCUCUUUCUUUUGCAGAGGAAACAUAAGAAAAACAGAGAUUGAGAGCUUUUAUUAUAACAAAUGGAUGAAGUGGGUGGCGAUCACACUUUCUUUUCUAUAAACCUGUUGAUUUUCUUUCUCCAUUUUUAUCCGACUGCUGGGGAUUAUCUGUCAUUACUAAACUUUGAUCAGAACUGUAGUAAGGGAUCAAAACAUUUUCCUGUAAAAAGUUUGUGUUUCAAGGGUUGUCUGGAGGAUUUGUAUGUGUGUGUAUAUAUAUAUAUUUUAAAAUAUGAAAUUAUUUUGAGAUUAUUUUUAUUUUUGUUUUUCUUCCAACCACCAUACAUACUGUUUCCAAGUGUUUAAAUCCAUUUCAGUUAAAAUUAAUGAAAGCAGAACUGGUUAAUUGGGUUCUAGAUUUGAUGAAUUAAAUAUGUUUCUCAUGGAUUGCAUGUUUAUUGUUUUCUUGUGCUACAGUUAUAAACAGAAACUUGAUUUUAAUAACUUAAGUGUAAUUUUUUCACUCCAAAUGCUAUUAAAGAGGCUGUGUCCCUUCAAACAGUA